AUUUCAGAAAAGCAAUUUGUCGUGCAUUCAUGAUCGACACGAAUACUUUUUGGCAUCUUCCAUUGAAAAUAAUUUUCUGAAUCAUAUUGAUGACUACGUUAUGCAACGUGUUGAAAUGAAGAAUUAGACGUUUAGGUCAUAUGUGUUACUGGUGUUGAAAUGGCUUCCGCCUUGAUGUCAGAAAAUGAAGCAAACAUUUUUAUGUUGGGAAAAUUGAUUGUUGAUCAUGGUGGUGAAGCUUUGAGAAUAACCUUGAGAAAACAAAUGUCAGGAAUAAGUCAGCAAAAAAUAGAUCAAUUAAACAAGGAAAGAAUUCAGUUGAUUGAACGUAUAAUGAAUAUACCUGUGGUACAGGCAGGCCCCCGUUUUGAAUUUGGAGCCGAUAUUUUGACCAAAAACCUUGUAAGUUGUACUUUUGAGAGUGAAAUUAGUAAUCAUUAUGAAACAUUUUUACAUGGAACACGGGAAUGGGUUUUUGAUGAGUUUUUAGCUUGGUUUGAAGACAAUACUUCUCAAAAUCGUGCAUUUGUUAUUUCUGCUGUUGCUGGAAUGGGUAAGUCUGUAAUUGCAGCUACUUUAUGUAAGCGUUAUCCAAGUUAUUUCGCUGCAGUUCAUUUCUUUCAACACAAUGACAGUCGUUUCAAUGAUGCCAAUGUACUUCUUCAAUCUUUAGCUGGGCAAAUUGCUCGUAAUUUUCCUGCUUAUGAAGAACUUUUAGAGGACACACUAAGAAAUCUCUCAGAACCUCUGCGUGACAUGAAUGUUGAAAGACUAUUUUCCUUUCUUUUUACUGAGUUGUUUGAAAAAAUCACGAAAUUUCCUAAGCGGACUUUAAUUAUGCUGGAUGCGCUAGAUGAAUGUGGUUAUCCAGAAAGCCUUCUCCUGGCUGAUUUGUUAGAUAAUCAUUUGUUCAAACUUCCGCCUUGUUUUAACUUUGUAAUCACAACAAGACCUAACAAAGAUUGUAAUAUCAUAUUUAAAAAACUAAAUCCGCUCUUCAUCAAUUUCAGUGAUGAUGAUAACUUGAAUGAUGUAAAAUUACUAAUUGAAGAAAGAACUGGCCCCACUAACAGAGUUUCACAUCUUAAGAAAAAUUUGCUAGAAAAGUCUGACGGACUUAUGUUGCUUGCAUCACUUCUCUCCAGUAAAAUUAAAAAUCAGGAUUCGUUUAAUGGAUCCAUACCAAAGGAUCUCAAUGAAUAUUACGAAAUUUCCAUAAAAAGAAUAAGUGACGAAUUAGAUUCAUUUCAAAUCAGUAAAGAAAAAUUUCAGUCACUUUUAAAUGCAUUAGCAGUUGCUAAAGAACCCCUUCCUCGGGAAUUAGUUGAGGACAUACUUGAUUUCAAUUGCCUUUCAUCUGUGGUUAAAGAAAUUAUGUUGUGCCUUUUUGCUACCAAUGAAGAAGGACAUGUGUCGUUUUUCCACAAAUCUUUAUCUGAUUGGCUGGAUGGCGAGUGUAAACAUAAUCACUCUGUUAAUACUACUGACGGUAAUCGAGUUCUUUUAGCGUUUUGUUCAAGAACUUUAGACAAUCUCAAAGCUGUCGACGUAGACUACAAUAACUUCGUUACACGGGCGUCAGUAAUGUAUUCAGUGAAAUAUUGGUUUCUUCAUAUGCUUGCUAUUUGUGAUAAUGAUCAUGUCAUUGAAUACGUUGGUAAAUAUCUUGUUGACUUAGAUGUUUUACUUGCCUCUGUAUCGAUUGAUAGACAUCGUACUUUGGAAAACUUUCGUCUUAUAAGCUCUCAUAACAUAUACUUUCAUCUUUCUGAGGGCACUCGAUUGUUAUUUAAUGACAUUUAUUGUGUUAUUACGAGGCGUUUCAUGAAUUCCAUAAUUUUUUUGCAGUACGUUAUCAACGAAAUCAAAGAUCUUGCGCCAAAAGCUUCCACAAUGCUUCAAACACGUUUCAGAGAGUCUUAUGUUGAGCGCCUCGAUACGCAUUUUGUAUUAACUCCACUUUUACGUUUAGCGCGAAACUUGAUUUCAGUAAAUGUAUCGCGAAAAUAUGACUAUGUCGUCUGUGGUUAUGAAGGGUUCAUAGUGCAACUUUUUUCUCUGACAACAAACAGGUGUCUAUGGAUAAAAGAUAUAUCUGAUCAGCUAAGUCUAAGUGAGUUGAAAGGAUUUUGCGUUGUCUUUCAUCCUUUCACCGAUCUGAUUUUCGUUUCCCGAUUGGAUAAAGUUCUAAAUGUAGACAGGAAAGUUGUCUCUAGUCCUUUUCAUUGUGAUCAUUCAACUUCUAAGUUCUUUACCAACAGUUGUUUUUCCAAGGAUAAGUAUACAAUGGUCACUAGUUACAAAGAUAAUUUGACUGUAUGGGACGUUGAGAAAGGUGAGAAGAUGCACAGUGUUAUAUGCAGCAAUGUGACAUCCCUGUGUUUUUCCAAUUCAAAAAAAUAUUUGGGUGUUAUUGAUGAAAAAAACGUAUUUCAAACAUUUGACGUAACGAAGGAUUAUAAGUUAUUUGAUUCUUCACCUUUUGAAAAUGAUGCAAAGCGCUAUCGCUAUUAUGAUAGAAAGCUUCGUAUUCUUUCCACUGUUGGUCUUCAUUCUUGGUCUUGUGCUUUGUCUGAUAAUGACAAAGUUUUCAUUGUCAAUCCUAGUCAAGAGGCACCUCCUGGGUUAGAUCUUGAGCGUACAUUUGGUUUGUCUCCGCUUGAUCCCUUUGAUGAUAGCAUGUUAGGCGUUUCUUUGAUAAAUUUUACAGGAUAUCAUUAUUAUUUAUUGAAUGAUAACAAUAUACUUUUAUUUGAUUAUGGACAUGCUUCUCAUCUUGUUCCAAUGGCACACGCAAUUUUAACAAAAUCUUUCGUUCUUGAUAACCAGAUAGUUUGCUCAAAUAGCAACUUUCUGUAUCGGAGAGACGAAAAAAAAUCAUGCAUAAUAGUCAACAAUCUCAACACAGGACACUUUGUUAACAAGGAAUGUUUUGUUAAUGGCAUGGUCGCCUUAGAAAAUGGAGUCAUUUUGCUUACGACAAAAGCUAUUCCUGAGCUUUGGAAUAAUGAUUUGACAAAACUUCUUUAUAGUUUCGAUGAAGUUAAAGAUAUCAUCAACAUUUUUCAGAUAUCGAAAACAAACGAAAAGUGCUAUCGGUGA